GCUUAGUUUGGUGGGCUUAUCUUUAUUCUAUAGGCUUUAAUGAGUCGAAUAAGGCGUAAUUUGAUGAAAUCGACCAAUCCGUUGCAGAAACUGAGGCCCGCGUAUUCACAUACGAAUAAGCAGCAGCCAAUAAAAGCUUACACACAAUAUGCAGCCAUGGUUGAUUUAUUGUUUACUAUUUAGUUGUAAACUGUAAAAGAAAUAUGUCCAAGCAUAGAUCGAAAUCACAGUACACCGCUGAGGAAGCACUGGAACUCCUGGUGAAGGACGCAGGAUCCACUGUUAGUGUUUAUGAUUCAUCAUCAGAAGAGGAAGAUCUCCUGUAUCCCGAGAAACAAGACGGCAGUGAUUUGGGUUACUGGCCUCUUUCAUCAGAAAGUUGGGUUUUCAGUGAUGAGGAUGAAGAUGAAUCUGAUGAAGAUCAUGGUGAUGAUAACAAGGAUUACAUGCCAUCUCUUCCUAAUGUCUCAGGACCCUCAACACCAAUGCAUCAAACAAAAACAGCCCCAGGAAUUUCACUGCCCCCACAGGUAACACUUGAGUCAGGUCCUUCAGCACUGUGCUCUACUACUAGGCAGAAAAGAGGAUGCUCUGCUCUGGGAACUUCCUCUCCUGCCAUCAAAAACCUUGUAAAAAAGAGGCUGAUAUCUUCAGAGAAUGAGGUGGGGGACAGGUGGUUUAACAAAGAAGAGAAGGACAUCAAACCUGACCCUCAUAGAUUCAUUCCAGCCAAAACUCCCGGGCCUACGGUUGAUACAACCAAACCAUGGUCUCCCAUCAGCCUCUUCCAGCUUUUCUUCUCUACCUCUGUUGUUACAAAAAUAAUUGAAAACACAAAUCUCAACGCUGCCAAAAGGAAGCAAGCUGGGAUGAAGUUCAAGUGGGAAGUGUUCACAGUGAAGGAAUUCUACACAUUUUUAGCCAUUAUCCUUUUCACUGGCCUCGUGAGCAUCAACCACAGGUCUGAUUACUGGAGCAAUGAAUGGCCGUACAACUUCUCCUUCCCCAGUGAAAAAAUGAAGCGGAGCCGCUUUGAGACUAUUUUGUGGUCACUUCAUCUGAGCAACCCAAAAGAAGAUGAAGAAAAUGAAAAGAAAAAGAAAGCUGCUGAAUAUGACAGACUUUUUAAGAUAAAGCCCCUGUACACAGAAAUGGUGAACGCCUGCAAAGCCCAUUUCCACCCCUACAAGAAUCUGUCCAUUCAUGAGAGGAUGAUCACCACCACAACCCACAUCAGCAUGAAUCAGUACAUCAAGAACAAACCAACAAAGUGGGGAUAUAAACUUCAUGUGCUGGUUGAUUCAUAUACCGGCUACACGUGGAAUUUUUUUGUGCACACAUCCAAAAGAGAGUCCACCACAGGCCACGGCUUUGGGUACUCUGCUGUGAUGAACCUUCUGCCUUUUUCUUUCCUUGGUAGCGGCUACACGUUGUACACAGACAACUUUUAUACAAGUCCCACUCUUUUUAAUGAUUUGUCUCAACAGAACUUUGGCUGUUGUGGGACCAUCAAGAGACAUCACACUGGCUUCCCACAGACCCAGACCAACGACCUGCCUAAGCGGGCUGAAAGGGGAGACGUUCGCUGGAUUAGGAGUGGAAAACUCCUCUUUGUUAAAUGGAUGGACUCGAGAGAGGUUGCAAUGUGCUCCACAGUGCAUCAGGCCCACAGUGGACAGACUGUAACGAGACAUGUGAAGGUGGCUGGUGUCUGGCAAAACAAGUCCAUACCUGUUCCGGACUGCAUUCUGGACUACAGUCAGAACAUGGGGGGUGUGGAUUUGUUCGAUGGACAGAUUGGUUUUCACGUCUGUUACAAGACAAUAAAGUGGUACAAGGCUUUUUUUUGCCACUUUGUGGACAUUGCUGCAAUCAACAGUUACCUAUUACACAAAGAGUUAUUCCAGUUCAGGCAGGAGUCCAACCUGAUAAAGCCCCUCACCAACAAAACCUUCAGGGAGCAGUUGGUCAAAGAGAUGCUGGAGUUUGCUGAGAGCUCAUCAGACAUCCUACAACCUUUAUUUCCCAACACUUGCAUGCCUGCAUUCUAUGACAGUGAGGAAACUAGGGCUAGGAAGCAUUGCAAGAGGUGUCUGAAAGCUGGAAUACCCAGAGUUAAGACAGCGGUGUAUUGCAGGAAGUGUCUGGUUCCUCUCUGUCUCUCCUCAAAAAAGAACUGCUUCCAGAUGUGGCAUGAUGAGAAGUAACUUCUGACUGUCAUGCGUUAAUAAGUGUACCAAAGUGGUAAUAGUUGUUUCCGUUUACUGUUUUCUUAAGUCCACAGAGGCAAAAUGGAGAACUGUGUAAAUAAUGGAGUUGAUUGUUCUGAUUUGUGUUUUUUACUGUUUGAUUGUUAGAGAAAUGUUUCCAGUUGAUCAAAGUAAAUCUGCUUAAUUUGGAUUCAACGCUCAGUUGC